AUGGCGCCAAAGAACAAGGGAGGUGAUAGCAAGGGUGCAGGAGGGAAAGGCAAGGGGAAAGGAAAAGAAUCAGAAAGUUCAGACAGUGGCAAAGGGAAAGGACUGAAGGCAGCUAAUUCUAUCAACGUUCGACAUAUUCUUGCGGGGAAAGCUGGCUCGAGUCUUGACUAUUUACUUACUAUAUACUGUGGACAGUGCGAGAAACACUCGAAGAAGGAAGAGGCCCUGGAAAAAUUACGAGCAGGAGCCAAGUUUGAUGACGUUGCUCGAGAGUUUUCGGAGGAUAAGGCAAGACAAGGUGGAUCACUCGGGUGGAAAGUUAGGGGUAGCUUGGAUGCUGCGUUUGAGAAAGCAGCAUACGAGUUAGAACCAAGCACAACAGGAAAUCCCAAAUAUGUCGAAGUGAAGACAGGAUUUGGUUACCAUAUUAUCAUGGUAGAGGGAAGGAAAUAA